AUGUCUGAGGAAUAUUCUAAAGUAAAAGUUUUUGCUUCAUUACCACGUACUAUUAGAGGGCUUCCCUUGUCUCUUUCCUCUUCUCCUGAUGGGACAAAAUUUAUCUAUUGUAAUGGAAAUUCUGUAUUUAUUCGUGAAGUUGAGAAUAUAUCUGAUUGUGAUAUUUAUACAGAACAUUCAACAUUAACUACUGCAGCCAAAUAUGCUAAUUCUGGAUAUUAUAUAGCUUCUGGUGAUCAAACUGGAAAAGUAAGAAUUUGGGAUACAACUCAAUUAACUCAUAUUUUGAAAGCAGAAUAUGCUAUAAUUGGUGGACCAAUAAGAGAUAUAGCAUGGAAUGAUGAUAGUAAAAGAGUUGCUGUAGUUGGAGAAGGAAGAGAAAGAUUUGGACAUGUUUUUUUAUUUGAUACUGGUACAAGUAAUGGAAAUCUUUCUGGACAAUCAAGAGCAAUGACUAGUAUUGAUUUUAAGCCAACUCGUCCUUAUCGUUUAGUUUCAACAUCUGAAGAUAAUACUGUUGCAAUGUUUGAAGGACCUCCAUUUAAAUUUAAAACACUUUUUAGAGAACAUACUAACUUUGCUCAAUGUGUUAGAUAUAAUAAAGAUGGAACUUUGUUUGCUAGUUGUAGUUCUGAUGGAAAAAUUGUUAUUUAUGAAGGUACUGAUGGUAAUAAAGUUGGAGAAUUAAUAGAUACAAAUUUAACAAAAGAAGCAGCGCAUGGUGGUGGUGUCUUUAGUAUUUGUUGGUCACUUGAUGGUUCCAAACUUGUAUCUGCUUCUGGAGAUAAAACUGUUAAAAUUUGGAAUGUGACAGAAAGAAAACUUGAAAAAACUGUUAGUUUUCCAAAUGUUGUAGAUUACCAACAAUUAGCUGUAGUUUGGAUGAAAACUUGCAUAAUAUCAGUUUCUUUAGCUGGUUUCCUUCAUUAUAUUGAUCCUGAAUUAGGAUCUGUUACAAAAACAUUGAAAGGACACAACAAACCAUUAACAGCUCUUGCUUUAUCUCAAGAUAAAAAAUAUGCUUUUACAGCUGAUUUUGAAGGAAAUAUUACUAGAUGGGAUGUUGGAACAGGAGAAUCUGAACGUGUAUCUCAAGAUGUUCAUAAAUCACAAGUUUCUGGAUUAUUUGUUUCUGAAAGUGGAACUUUAGUAUCAGUUGGAUGGGAUGAUUUCCUUGCUUUUACUGAUGAUUGUUUUGGUUCAAUUGAAGAAAGUUCUCCUACUAAAAUUAAACUUUCAUCACAACCUAGAGGUGUAGCAUCUUCCAAAGAUGGAAAAUUAGUUGUUGUUGCUGGACAUAAAUCUGUUUAUGUAUUUGUUGAUAAAAAACAAACAAUAUCACACGAUAUUGGAUCAGAAGCAACAUGUAUUUCUCUUUCUCCUGACAAUAAGAUUGUUGCAAUUGGUUUCCAAGAUUCUAAAGUCAGAAUUUUUGGAUUAACUGAUAAUGAUAUUGUAUGCAAAACAACUCUUACACAUUCUGGUUGCAUUACUUCUGUUACCUUUAGCCAUGAUGGUAAAUAUCUUGCUGUCACAGACGCAGCCCGUAAAAUUGUUCCAUAUGAUGUUGAAACUUUUAAAUCAGCAUCUGAAAAAGAAUGGACAUUCCAUUCAGCUCGAGUAAACUGUGCUGGCUGGUCCCCAAAUAACAGAUUUAUUGCUACUGGUAGCUUAGAUACCAAUAUAAUGGUUUGGGAUAUGGAAAAAAGUGGAGAACAUCCACUUGUUAUCAAAUGUGCUCAUGCUAUGGCAUCAAUUAAUGCCAUUGCUUGGAUUUCUAACGAUACGUUUUUAUCUAUUGGACAAGAUUCAAAUGUCAAACAAUGGAAAAUUAAUCCUACUUAA